UUGUUGAAAUUGUUCUGUUACAUUUGAUGUUGCUGUCUGAGAUUAAUUUUUGUGACUGCUCUUUUAAUGUCUACCUUACAGGCCACACCUCCAGGAUGGUUAGCUCCUCCCCCAGCACUGAGAGUUUGUCUGGUGGGCAGGAUCAUGCAAUGUCUUCCCCUCCUCUGCCGGUGUCCAUGGGCCAAGAUUCCAGCACAUCUUCUCCUCCCCUCUCUGCCACAAAGAAAGACUCUUUCUUUAAUAUCAGUCACUCACGGUCACACAGUAAAACUAUAAACAAAAAGGAUGCGGAGGAGCUGGAGGUCCAGGUUUCGUUCUUACAGGGUCAGAUUAACGACCUAGAGGCCAUGAGUAAAUAUUGUGCCAAGAUGAUGAACAUGCACAUAGGCAAAAUUCAAGAUGUGAUACUGCAGGAGCAUCUGGAGAAGGAAGAUGAGGUUCUGGUGUCACUUGCUGGACUAAAACAGAUUAAGGACAUCCUGAAAGGGGCUCUCAGAUUCAACCAGAGCCAGCUGGAGUCAGAGGAAAAUGAGGAGAUCGCCAUAGCAGAUGAUCACUACUGCUCUAGUCAGUAUAGCACACUAAAGGACCAGAGUGAUCCAGACCAUUUGUCUGAAGACACAGCUGAUUCUACUAUCAUACAACAAAAGGCUCCACAGCACAACAACCACCAGGAAGGAGACAUGGUAGCUGAGAAAGAAGAGGAAGAGCAGGAGGAGGAGAGGGAGGAGGAGAAGGUCUUGACAACUGAGAAUAUCACCACAAUACCAGAGCCACAGGCCACUGAAGCGAGAAACUGGGACGACUACAUCUUGGUCUUGCAGGAUGGUGAGCCAUCUGAGAGUGAGGAGCAAAGCAUAACCACCACAGCUCCACUCUUUAAGCACGUACGAGGCCUAAACAAGGUGGAUUUUCAAGACCCUCUGAUGGGAACCACAUCUGGGUCCUCCAGUCCAGAUGACGGCAGCACUCACAGCAAGGACUCUGAUUUCACUAUUGUUAAUCCUACUGACCUUUGAACCCGGAUUCCCCCUAAAUAUGACUGGACCCAUCUUCAACACUUAAGAAACUCUGCUGGAUGAUUGCACAUAUGAACUCAGGCUGAUUGCCCCAUGCCCCGUUACUGAAUCCCUAAACCAC